AUGGCUUCCGAACCCACCUCUGAACUUCACUUCCUCUUUAUUCCAUUCCUAGCCCCUGGCCACACCAUCCCCAUGAUUGACAUGGCCAAAUUACUCGCACAGCAACCAAACAUUACUGUCACAGUCGUCACCACACCCCUCAACGCCGUUCGAUACAGUCCCAUCCUCAACAAUCCCGGUGGCUUUCCUUCAACUUCCGUUUCCAGCCAUGGAGGUCGGAUUACCAGAUGGAUGCGAAAGUCUAGACGCACAACAAGCAUACAGUUGGAGUACAACAGGCUUAACAUAGUAUUUGACAAAAGCAAAACACAAACAGAAUAA